AUGUUGAUUGGGGCUCGAUCCGCUCAGUUUAUGGCUGGUCUGGGAUUCAAUUCCAAGCCUGGGCCAGAGGGUCGUGAAUUCUGGGUUGACGAUGCACAUUAUUUUGGUGGUGACUUCUACGGAUAUCAUCGUGCACCAAUAGUUCUACACCUGGCACCGGGGAAACAUAGGCUGGAUGUCAGAGUAACCCACGACAUCAGGAAUUUCGGUGGGAUGAUGCCUCCAAGAAUCUCAUUUGAGGUGCAUGCCAGUGUUUCUCCGGGUAUACUGGUAGCUAUACCAGAGAGCACCAUUGUUUCUGAUCUCGUGGAGGGGAAGCUAGUUGGAGAAUUGGCUAACAUCCCACUAAGAAAUGAUGCACGCAAAUGGAUUGAAAUUUUAGAGCUUUCUGGUAAUGAUGUAUGUGAGCCCCUACUUGAUCUUUAUUUUUUUCUAGAAGUUGUUCUAGGACUUACUGGAUAUUGGCCUGCGCUUUGGCCACCUUCAGGCGGAAAGAAUAUAACGGAGGUUGCAUUUAUGAAUGGUGAUUUGCCCUUGAAACUUGCACCUGGUCAAACGAGGCCGGUAAAGUUUCAAAUAAAACGAUUACAACUCGACCAAACAGUCUUAGUCCUGAAGUUUCGGUAUCGUGUCGAGGGGAGCACAAAAGAUCAAUGGGUAUCAACUUCUAGGAGGUUGAAUAAGAUCUCCCACUGGUAUCUCCCGCAGAAAUUCACAUUUCUUCAUCCUUCUGGGGUUGUAUCAUAUGCAGUUAUCCGGCCACCUUCUCCAAAUGCCCACUGCACACCAAUUGCUAGUAAUAAUUUGCCAGUGCUUCUUGCACUGCAUGGUGCUGGAGUAGAAGCAGACGAUCCUCAGUCUAAAGAGCAAUAUGAUGCACUGCCGGACCUUUGCUCCUGGUUACUCAUUCCAAGCGGUGUCACAUCAUGGAGUGGUGAUGAUUGGCACGUAUGGGGGUUUCCGGAUGCUGAAGCAGGAGUUAAUGCAAUUCCGCAAUGGAUGAAAAGUGUUGAAUGGGAAAGACAAGGUGUAGACUUGGAGAAAUGGGUAAUAAGCGGACAUUCCAAUGGGGGGCAGGGUGCCUGGUAUGGGCUUACACACAGAAAUGAUAAGAUAAUCGCCGCCGCGCCGUUAUCAGGGUAUCUGUCAAUUCCAGCCUAUGUCCCAUAUCACAUGUGGCAUGAGGUUGACCCUAGGAAGAUGGCUAUGAUCCUUACGUCCUUGAACACCUAUAGAAACGAACUUUUAUCUGGGAAUAUCGUCGGCACUCCUGUGCUACAGCAACAUGGUCAAGAUGACGACAAUGUUCCCAUUUUUCAUUCAAGACGCAUGUCGCAGCUUGUAUGUGAGUCAGGCUGGGGAACUGAAUAUCUGGAGAUUCUUGGGCGGGGUCACUGGUGGGAAGGUGUGAUGACUGACGGGAGACUGGCUUCAUUCCUUGAGUAUUAUCUCCACGAAAAGCCCGAGAUUCAAGCUUUGCCCGAUGUAUUCUCUGUUGUGGUUGCCAACCCAGCAGAUACUGCCGCCAGAGGAGGGAUCGUGGUUGACCAAUUGGAGACUCCAGAUCAAAUUGGUCGCAUUGAUGUAGAAGUUCGUGGUGAAGUUUGGAAUCUGAAGACGUUCAACAUCCAUAGAUGGCACUUUGCAAAGCCGAGGCCAACCGAAACUAGCUUACCGAGUCGAGUGAUAGUUGAUGAUCACGUGUUUGAUUUAAACAUUACUCACAGGUCCAAGGAUUAUGAUUGGUUCUCCGUGUUAGAAGACGGAAAGUGGUUUAAAACUGAUGACCCAAGCUGGAAAUUACGCGAGCGGAGUGGCCGACAAAUGGGAGCCUUGGAUACCGUAUUGGGUUCCAGAUCCCGUUUCAGUAUCUUAAUUCCUGAAAAGGAUAACUAUGCGAGUUAUCAUCAUGAUGUUGCUCUUGAAAUAUCACGAAAUCUUUUCCAAUACUUCGCAGCAGACUCGGAAAUAAUUGUCAACGGCUCGCGGAAGCCGAUCAUAGGGGAUGGGAAUCUUAUUCUUCUUGACUUUCCAGAUGACAUUAGCAUUGAGAUACAAGAUGUUGAUAUAAACUUUCCAAUCACAAAAUCUGGAAAGGCUAUUGUGAUCGCCGACGACCGGGGCCGUCGUCAUCGAUAUCCACUGGAACCCGGUAUGGGGAUUAUAUACCUAUAUCCACUACCGAAUGAACAGCUUGCACUAGUCAUAUGGGGUACGGAUGAAAUGGGCCUUCGCACUGCUGCACGCAUGCUGCCUCUGAGGACAGGUGUUGGUCAACCAAACUUUAUCGUUGUCGGGAAUGAGAUGAAAUGGGGAGGAGCCGGGGGUGCGAAAGCAAUGGGGAUGUUUGAUUACCUAUGGCGGAUAUACAAUGCGUCUGCAACAAACACCCCGAAAUUGGAGCCUUCCAGGAGCUUCAAGAGGCAGCCUCUAGUUUCAUCAAAGAUGACAAACUCUAAUGCUUUAAAUGUUAUGGCUCACGAGGAAGAAGAGGAUGACCGUACAAGAACUCCCAAGCAGACUAAAGCUAUCACCUCGGGCAACAACACAGAGGUUCAAAUGCUUCUUGCCAAGCUCGCUGAGCAGGAAAGAUUGAUUGACCAACAGCGUACAGCUCUUGAUAACAAAGAGAAGGAACUUGCCAACGUUAGGACUGCUGCUCCAUUGGACUCCUAUCCUGGUGUCCCGUGUUACAAUAACACUAUCAGGGUGUCAAGUGGCUCGAGUUCGUCUCUCUCCAAUGACGUUUCUCCAGACGUUUCAAUUGACAACUCGGACACUUAUGGGUACCGCCCAGCUGCCCAACAUCAAAGCGUCCAUGAACUCAACCGACUGCAGACAGAGCUACAGGCUGCUCAGAGUAAUAUCUCGGCUUUAAAUCAAGAACUUGUUCAGACCAGAAUUACCAAUCAUACAUUUGAUCAAGCUCUAAGCCCAUCUAGAGAUGGCAAAUUUCCAUUGGAAGAAGAUGUUUCUGAACAUACUCUUGCUUCUCUUCAGACAGCGUUUGCACAGGCUCAACUUGGCCAAACUGCACGUCAAAACGCCCAUAGAGCGGAUAUCUGGACUUCUUCUUCUUAUGAAGAGCCAGUUACAGAGAUUAACCAAGAAUUCCAUCAAGGUCAAUCUCUUCCCAAUGGACCUUACAACAGACCUUCUGGUAUUUGGGGAGCUUCUUCGAAGUCUAUUACAUCACAAAACCCUGCAUUACCAUUGACUGGUCAAUCGGACCUGCAUUACUCCAAUCCUCUUCGCCGUGUCUCUGCACUUGAGUCUAACGAUAUUUACAUCACGGGGAACCGUGGAUGGAAUGGCAGUCGCUCUUUCACUAGCCAAGCUGGUCCCCCAAUUGCCGGGUUCCGUCGAUCUUCUUAUAACCCUCAGGCUGUACCAUUUCGUUCAGGCUUUGACCACGGAACGAUUGGUGGAGAAAAGGUUACAUCGAAUGCAUACACUCCAAGCCCCAUUGGUACACCUCUUUCUACUUCUUCAAGUAACGAAUUUGCUGCUGCCACUGGGAAUAACAGUGCCAUCUGGGGACCACAGUCUCAAAUGUCACAGCAAAGCCCCCAGCAGCAAACAUAUAUCUCCACAAUGGAGCCUUUGAAUUACAGACGACUUCUUGAGAGGAGUGUCAACUGUAACUGGAAGUACAUCGUAGAUAAAAUUGUUUGCAACAAUGAUCAACAGGCAUCUAUCUUUCUCCAGCAGAAACUCAAAAUUGGCACCGCAGAACAAAAGCACGCAAUAGUCGACGCCAUUGUUGCACAGGCUUAUCCGUUGAUGAUCAAUCGUUUUGGCAACUUUCUUGUGCAGCGCUGUUUCGAACACGGCACCUCGAAUCAGAUUGACGGAAUUGCUAGUGCUAUCCGUGGAAACACGUUGACUUUAAGUAUGGAUGCUUUUGGAUGCCAUGUUAUCCAAAAAGCUUUCGAUUGCGUUUCAGAAGAUUUUAAGGCCACGAUGGUCGCCGAACUCCUUCGCCGAAUUCCCGAGACAGUAAUCCAUAGAUAUGCCUGCCAUGUCUGGCAAAAAUUGUUCGAGCUUCGAUGGACCGAAUCUCCUCCGCAGAUUAUGAAAUAUGUCAAUGAGGCGUUGCGUGGAAUGUGGCAUGAAGUAGCUCUGGGAGAAACCGGAAGUCUUGUCGUUCAAAACAUUUUUGAGAAUUGUCUUGAAGAAGAUAAGCGCCCUUGUAUCGAUGAGGUCCUCGAGUGUAUUAAUAUUAUUGCACAUGGACAGUUUGGAAACUGGUGCAUUCAACACAUCUGUGAGCACGGGGCCCCAUUAGAUCGCACCAGGGCAGUUGAUACAGUGAUCCAAAAUGCCGCGGAAUACAGCAUGGACCAAUAUGCAUCCAAGGUGGUCGAAAAAUGUUUGAAGAUUGGAGGCGCAGAAUUUCUCGAGAGAUAUCUCGAUCGCGUCUGUGAAGGGCGUACAGAUCGUCCUCGUAUCCCUUUGAUUGACAUUGCGAGUGAUCAGUAUGGAAACUAUCUCGUCCAAUGGAUCCUUCAACAUGCCUCACCCCAGCAUAAAGAGCAAGUCGCUGCCCAUAUCCGCAAACAUAUGGUGUCCUUACGUGGAAGCAAGUUCGGCUCUCGUGUUGGCAUGCUUUGCUGCAACCCUAUGUACAACAGGCCAGCACAGGGUACCCCUCCGGCGGCCGCACCUCGUUAUAGCAGGUACGGAUACCGCUAG